AUGAAGUCCAACCGUCACCCCAUCACCACCGUGCCUGCUGCUCGCCGCUCCAAUCUUCUGUUCUUUGCCUCCGUGCUGGCCCUGCUAGCCCCUCUGCUUGCUGUGGACAUUGAAAACCUGGAGAGACUGAAAGCGAAUUUAGAUGACAUCGCUAAUCUCCAUUCAGGAUGGCCCAAGGACUGCAGCGAGGUCCCCCGUGGCAGCCCCAGCGGCAUCUACGUCAUCCAGCCCGCAGGGCUGAACCCCAUCGUGGUGUACUGCGAGAUGAACGUGACGGACGGGGGCUGGAUGGUCAUCCAGAGGAACCGGCAGAGCACGGAGAUCACCUGGGCCGAGUCCUGGAGCACCUACAAGAACGGCUGGCCCAAGGACUGCAGCGAAGUCCCCCGUGGCAGCCCCAGCGGUGUCUACGUCAUCCAGCCCGCAGGGCUGCACCCCAUCGUGGUGUACUGCGAGAUGAACGUGACGGACGGGGGCUGGACGGUCAUCCAGAGGAACCGGCAGAGCACGGAGAUCACCUGGGCCGAGUCCUGGAGCACCUACAAGAACGGCUUUGGGAACGUGCGCACCGAGUACUGGCUGGGCACCGAGUACAUCCAUCAGAUCUCCAAGCAGAAGGUCUACCAGGCCAGGUUUGUCAUCUGGGAUGCCUCAAACAGAAUCAAGUUCGCCGAUUACAACCUGUUCGGUGUGGAAAAUGAGUCCCAGGGCUACCGGCUGCGGCUGGGAACGUACUCGGGGCUGGCAGGGGAUGCCAUGACCUCAAACAGGGCUUCUACCGUGCACGAUAACAUGAAGUUCUCAGCCAAAGAUCAGGAUCAGGACACUUCCAGCAGCAACUGUGCCUCCAGCUACGGGGGUGCGUGGUGGUACUCGGCGUGUUACUCUGCACGGCUGAACGUCAAGGGGGCCAUAACGUGGGGCAGCCUGUGCAGCGGGAACUGCAAAGCUUCUGCCAUCCUCAUCAAACCAGCUUCCUACUGCUAG